CUGCUGGCUCAAUGCUUAGCUGUGGUGGCUAGUAGCUUUUAGCCUUUUCCAUCUAUGUUGUCAGAGUCGCAAAAAAUAAAGAAGUAACAAGAAGUGUGCAAACGACCGACCAAAGUUCAUGGUGACGAUGGUUGUGAAUCUUUGUCUGCCUCACUUUUGUACAACCGCUCAUUGCAACAAGGUGUGUGCAGAUGGCUAUGAUGUUACAAACCUCGUGUCAGCAGACCCAGCAGUCAGGAGGCGGGGCUUCAAGCUGGAGUACUUCCUCCGACCGCCUGUACAGGUGACGUUGCAGUUCGGUUUCCAGGUGGAGCUGUGCAGGGUGGACGUGGAGCUGUGGCCCUGGGGCAUGGACCGAGGUCAGGCCUGCAAGAGACUGGAGAUCAGCACCAGUUCUGAUCCACUUCUUCCCUCCUCUGACCACAAACCGGUUCUGACAAGUGAUCAUGUGAAGACGGGGGCAAAGCACCCAAACACUCACAACUCAGAGAAACAUCGAAAUCGUGACAGUAAAUCUCACCCGUGGAGCGUUCAGGCCCAGCAGUGGGGUGAAGAGGCCGCCAGUGACUCUCAGCUAAGAGCGCAUGUGUUCAAGUCUCAGUCAAACCCUGAAUCCAACGGUUCAACUCCCGAAUUUAAACUGGUAGCCCGGUGUGAGCUGAGGGAAGAAACUCAAGUCUGCUUCACUCGUUCAAAUUUUCGCCCACGUGCCCCAUUUCUUUCCCCGCCUCCUCCGCGACACGCACACUCUCGCCACGAGGAGCUGUGGAGCCGGGGCGUGCUCUCGCUGGAUGCUGUCACGCAGCUCCGUGUGACCGUGCCGUUUGGCGGGGCAGCGUCGUCUCUGGGACUGAAGGCUUUGACCGUGUGGGGGCAGCCUGCUCGCCGCUGCUCUGCCGAGCAAGUGGAGUGGGUUAAACGAGUCCACCAGGCCAGCGAGCCACGUCUGAGACAACCGGCCUUUUUCACAUCAUCUGUUAAAGAAACCUCACAACCACCGCAAGCUCCUUCAAAUCUUUCCAUCCCGGACGAAUUCCUUGACCCAAUCACACAGGAGGUGAUGGCGCUGCCACUGCUGCUGCCCUGUGGCGUUUCGGUGGACAACGCCACUCUGGAGGAGUACCAGAAGAGGGAGGCCACCUGGGGUCGGCCCCCAAACGACCCCUUCACCGGAGUCCCGUUCACGUCGUCCUCCCAGCCGCUGCCCAACCCCCAGCUGAAAAGCCGCAUCGACCACUUCCUGCUACAGAGUGGGAUGAUGAAGAAGGAAGGGAUGCUGGGAAGACAAGAUCAAGGAGAGAAUCCACAGGCCUCCAGACUCGUAGAAUCCAAACCACACGGACCACCGCAGAUCUCUUCAUGUCUUGCUGAAUGUUCAGAAAACAGGACUGCAGUACCACAUCUUGCUGAUGUCGACAAUUACAACAGGACUGUGCAAACAGAAAAUUACAGAUCGGGACUUUCAAUAGAUACGGAUAAUGAUUUAUCUAACAUCCAGACUCUGAACAAAAGCAGAAAAUCAGAGGUAAACAAAGGAAAGAAACGAGUUCUCACUGAAACUUCCACAGAAUCUACAGAAAUGUUAAUCGCUGGAGAUCAACAAACAAAAAAAACAAGAGCAGAUUCAGUUUCUGCGCCCAGCUACAGCUCUCACGAGCAGCGCUUGUCGUCCAGUCUGGACGAGGCCCUCUCCUCGGCCCUACAGGGCCGGCCCUCCUUCACUUCAAACCUGCUGCAACGGAAGCCAGUCGACUCCGAAUCACAGACCACCACACCGCAGAACCCCAGUUCAAGCUUGUCAAGCCCGUCUGCAGCAGGCGAGAAGACGUGCGCGUCCUGUUCCCGCUCCGUCUCUGUUUACUCUACAACAGCAUUGUCUGUCUACCGCCUGACGUGCGGCCACUUGCUGUGCCGCUCCUGCCUGCAGAUGAAAUCAAAACAAGGAAACUCGCUCUCUGUGGCAACAUCCAAUCACAUCCUGUGUCCGACCUGCCAGCGCUCGACCCCACACAGCGCCAUCAUCCGCGUGCAUCACUGACGGGAGGCACAGAAGAGACCAACCAACGCACAAAAUGUACCACAUUUUACAACAAGAUGUUAUUUCUGAAUGAAAAAAUAAAUGUACACACAAUUUUCAACACAUGGAGUGUUUUGUUUAAUUUUUUUACUCCUGUUGAUACCUUGAUUCUCUUUUAUUUCAUUUCAUAUUUGUCAUAUUGUCUUGGAAUUUAUUUCUAAAUCGUACUUGUCUCACCACAUUCCCAAUCAUUAAUCUUUGUCUCAUGUUUUAGAGUGUUGUAUUUUUAUGCAUUGUCCAACGUGCCUGUGUUAAAAUUAACUCGGUUGUUGUGAUUUGUACACCUUUCAGCUUUCUUGAACCCACGUCAUGAAAUCAGAUCACAAUAACAUGGCUCAAACAUGUUCACAAUUAAGAA